GCGCCUCGAGCCGCCGCCGCGAGAGCAUCCUCCGCCCAGAGCCGCUCCCGCCGCCACAGCCGCCCCCCAGCCGCCGCCGCCGCCGCCGCCGCCUCCGCCGAGGGAAGGGAAGCGUAUCGUAUGUCCGCUAUCCAGAACCUCCAGCCCUUCGACCCCUUUGCGGAUGCAAGUAAGGGUGAUGACCUGCUCCCGGCCGGCACUGAGGACUACAUCCAUAUAAGGAUCCAGCAGCGCAACGGCAGGAAGACCCUCACCACAGUCCAGGGCAUCGCGGAUGACUACGAUAAAAAGAAACUGGUGAAGGCCUUCAAGAAGAAAUUUGCCUGCAAUGGAACUGUAAUUGAGCACCCCGAGUAUGGAGAAGUGAUUCAGUUGCAGGGUGACCAGCGCAAGAACAUCUGCCAGUUCCUCGUGGAGAUUGGACUGGCUAAAGACGACCAGCUGAAAGUCCACGGGUUUUAAGUGCCCGUGGGCCUCUGGAGCUUUAUGCAAGAAGAUUUCCUUACCAUGAAAUUCCCACCUGUCCCUUGUCAUAACUUUAAAAGCAGCCGGUUUGUGUAAUGUAACAAUCUUGGGUCCACUGUUGAGUCUGGACUGGUGUAACUGGUGAUGUAAUAAACUGACACGAGCCCAUGCUAUCCUGUCUGCCUGUCCCUCAUUUCCCAGAGCUCCGGCCUGGAGCCAAAGGUACCCAGCUGUUCCCAGCUCAGCCCAGGGACUCGGCCUGCCCGGAUGGCUCCUCAGUCCAGCUGCGCUUCCAGCCCGGACGAUGGGAAUCGUGUCCUGCCCAGCCCGGGCCCCGAGCUCAGGUGGGGCACGGGGACAUGGCACUGUCCCUUGGGGCAGUGCUGGCUCCCACUGGCACAGGGAUCUGGGGAAGCUUGGCUUGGAACAAGAGUGGCAGAAGAGUGACGUGGAGGCUGGAUGGCUGCAGCUCGGGUCCCCGCGAGCCCCGAGGUGGGUUAAACUUGUGACAAGGGAUCAGUUCUGGACUAACACGAGGAGCAGCCUUGUGGCUGGAGCUGCAGAGCUUUGUGUCCAUAGAGCUGCUGCCUCAGGCCCUGUGCAGUAACAACAGCUUUGGUUUAAUUUCUGAUGUUUUAUGUAAUGUAUUUAAAGUCUUAUUUAAAUAAAAGUGGUUUUCAAAA